AUGAAGGAUAAAAGAAAAGGCAUGACAAGCAGUCUAUUACUGGCUGUCGACGACACCGGCGAGUCGAACCCGAAAGCCGACGACCCAAGGCAUCGACUCUGGACGACGCUGUUUGGUAGACGGGAAAUAAACGUCGAGACUAAGGAAGAAGAAAAGGCUGAGCAAGAUAUCGCUGUCGAAUAG